AUGCCUUACGCACCACCCACUUCCUCGCAAACUAAACAGAACAAAGGCAAUGCACCAGCAAAUCUAAAUUAUCGCGGGUGGCCCUUGACCUUUGGGAUGGCGAAAAAGAAGCAAGAUGAUUUAAACAUGAAUGUUAUUAGCCAUUCCUUCGCAAGUUUAUCUACUUCCACAACCUCAACAAGUACCACAAGUACUACCAUGAAUACGACCACAAAUACGACCACAAAUACUACUAUAAAAACUAUGACAAGUAAAACUAUGACAAUCGAAAAGAAAUCUGAAACUAAAGAUAAAUCGGAUUGUGAAUUAGAUCGUGAUAAAGCUAUUCAACAAGUUAAAGAAAUAUUAUCAACAUCCCCACAAUUAUCAUCGUCACCAAGAAGAAAAUCAUUACCUGACUCAUAUACAAGAAGAAUGUCACUCAAAGUUGACUUACCCUCUCAAAUACAAAAAGAAGUUCCUCAUUUACUAAGGAAAAAAAGUGGUGAAUUGGUAAAAUCAUCGCUUAAAAAGGGUAAAUCAGAACCAACUACACCUACUUUUCCAAAAUAUGUUCAUUUUAAUACCGACCUAGAACAAAUUAAAUUAUUCAAAGAAGCUCAAAAACCACAAGCUGUUAGUCGUAUUCAAGUUCAAAAUAUAGCCUUUCAAAAAAGCGUUGAGGUUAGGUACACGUUUGAUUUUUGGCAAUCCGUGUCGGAAGUAUCAGCCACUUACGCUGAAGGAGUCCCGGAUAAAGAUAACAGAAAUAGUUUUGAUCUGUUCGUCUUUGCGAUAGAAUUAAUUGAUAAUUCAAGAAAUCAGAUUGAUGGCAAAACUAUGUAUUUUGCAGUUCAUUAUAAAGUUGAUGAACUUGAUUAUUGGGAUAAUAAUAAUGGAUCAAAUUAUCAAGUAAACUUUAAAAGAUUAGGAACUACAUCGUCACAAUCUGCUUCAUCAUCUAAUAAGCACAAAAAUUCGAAAUCAUCACCUUCUACAUCAUCUAAAUGGUCAACUUCAACAAAUAAUCGUGCAAGGAAUUUUGAAGCUGAUUCACCUCCUGUUCGUUCUCCACCUACUAUAAAUUCAUCAUCGACAUCUGUAGCCAUAAAGAAAUAUAUGGGUGGCCGUUAUGACAUUGGUCUUUCAUUAAUAGCAGCACAAAGUAUUAAUCCAACACCUAUAAUGACCAGACCUGUCAGUACCAAUCAUACAAUUCAACAAUCUUAUUUCUGUAAUGAGAACUUUUCAUCAUUUUUCCCUAGUAACUGUAUUGAUGGUAUGCCCGUAACAAAAGAACCAUUAGAUAAGAAAGAUAAGAAUCCAUGGGAAAAUUCACCUAAGGGAAUCGGAAUUGAGUCAAUGAAUAGAACUUCAACUCCAAUCGCUAUACCUUCAGCAAGACCUGCAAUCGGAUCAAGUUCUUAUUGUGAACUUGUAAAACAAUAUUGUUUCUAUAGUGGAUCACCUCCAGUAAUGACUUAA